AUGACACGAAUACCCUCACGAACUCUCCUCCUCACCCUCGACGCCUUCGGGACAAUCUUCCACCCCCGCCUCCCCGUCCCCGACCAAUACGCCGCAACCGCCCACGCCUUCAACCUCCCCCAGUCCCUCAUCACCUCCGACGCCCUCCAAAAAGCAUUCAAACCCGCCUUCAAAGCCCAAUCCGCCGCUCGACCAAACUACGGCCGCGAUGACGUCCUCCGCGGCACCUACGGCGGGCCCAGACAGUGGUGGGAGGAGGUGAUCCGGGCGAGUUUCGCGGGCGCGAUGAACACAGACCCCAACACGCUGACAUUACCGGAUGGACUGAUCGAGCGGCUUUUAGAUCGGUUCGCGAGUGACGAGGGAUAUGCGCUUUGUGUCGGUGCGAUGCCGUUUUUCGAGAAGAUGAGGGAGGUCAAACAGAGGCAGAUACAGGGCCGUGGUGGGCAUGGUGGUGGGCAUGGUGGUGGGCAUGGUGGUGGUGGGCUGGCUGGCUUCGAUCGGGUUUUUGUGGGCGUCGUCUCGAACUCGGAUGAUCGCAUUCCGGCGGUUCUCAAGUCGUUGGGGUUGAAGGUGGGUGAUUUGAGGGCUGAUCAGGGCGUGUCGAGUAUGCGAUUGCCUGGGUUUGAGGAGAGGUCUACAUCUGCAUCUGCGUCUGCGUCUGCGUAUAAGAAUGGUGAUGGUGUAAAUGAUCUCGAUCUCAUCAUUACCAGCUACGAAGCCGGUGAAGAAAAGCCCAACCGGCUUAUUUUUGACAUCGCCAAACGACAAGCCCGGAAAUUGGAUGGUCAGUCGGACUCUGUCGAUGACUGGGUUUGUAUUCAUGUUGGCGAUGAAUAUGUCAAGGACUAUCGGGCUGCUGUUGAUGCCGGCUGGGAUAGUUACUAUCUUCCUCCGGGCGAUGAGGGGAGUACUCCAGAAGGAGUCAAAACGAUCAGUUCUUUGAUGGAUUUGUUUCCAAUUCUGGAGAGAUAUCAAUAA